AUGAGUAAUGACGAUUCUGCUGCUGAUGGACCAGGUAAACUUUUGGCGUACGCAUUUUUUCCAACUGACGGAAGGAUUCGUUUUGAUCCGGGAGAAACAUGGAUGCAGAGAUAUGACAAUAAUGAUGCAAAUUUUCGCCUUGUAGCGACUCAUGAAAUAGCUUAUGCUCUUGGACUAGAACAUUCUAGCGACCAAUCAUCAAUAAUGGCGCCAUACUAUAAGCUCAUGCAACCAGAAGCUCUUCUUCCCGAAAAUGAUCGCCAUGGUAUUCAAGCACUAUAUGGGACUAAUGCUCCGUCCGCAGAUGGAUAUGUUAUUGUUCAUGUUUCAGGAGGUCAAAAAUUAUUGUUUGCUGGUACAAAUGAUCCAGCUGCACUUAUGGAACUUACCUCAAUCGGAUUACCAACAAAUCAAACAGCCAAAAUUAGUAAAGAAAUUAUGAGUCUUUUUGAAGAAAAACUUAAUAUUAGUGCAGAUCGAAUGUAUUUGAAAUUUACAAACGUAACUGGCAAUAUGAUGGGUUGGAAUAAAGGAACAUUCUAA